GCUACAGCGAACUCCUCUCUCUCUCUCUCUCUCUCUCUCUCUCUCUCCAUCGCGCUCUUCGCCGACGAUUCCCCUCUCCGAUGCGUCUCCGAUCGAUCUCUCGUCUCCGGAUCGGGGCUAGGGUUUCCGAUCCGAAGCCAUGCGCUUGAUCCACCGCGGGGAUCUGAUCCCCGACCCUUCCGCCGCUUCUCCGUAGCCGGAUUCGCUCCCCUCUCCCCCCGCGAGCGAUGGCGUCGUCGCCGGUUAAGUUCGUCUCGGUUUUCCUCGUCGUCUCCGUGGUCGGAUGGGUCGUUUUCACAUUUGCUUCCAGGUUGUUGGCUUGGUUUCUAAGCCGUAUAUUAAAGGCUUCUGUUGGGUUUCGUGUUGCUGGAUGUAAUUGUUUGAGAGAUGUUAAUUUAAAAUUCAGAAAGGGUGCUGUGGAAUCUGUAUCAAUUGGUGAAAUCAAACUCAGCUUUCGUAAGUCACUAGUCAAGCUGGGGUUCAGCUUUAUCUCAAAGGAUCCGAAAUUACAGUUGUUAAUUUGUGAUAUUGAAGUCAUAAUGAGAUCUUCUGAGCAGAGGAAAAGGACUAGUAAACAUCGGAAGUCUCGUUCAACUGGAAAAGGGAAAUGGCUGGUCAUUACAAGCAUGGCUAGAUUUUUGUCGGUUACGGUAACAGAUUUAGUUGUCAAGGUGCCAAAAGCUGUUUUCGAAAUCAAAGAUUUGAAGAUGGACAUAUCUAAAAUUGCUGGACCAAAUCAGAUUCUUGGAGUCAAGUUGCACAUCGUACCUUUUACUGUACAGUUUGGGGAUUCACAUUUUAAUCUUGACCAGUCAUUCAGUUAUAGUCAAACGGAUUGUUCACAACCUGAUCAAUCAUUUCCAGCUGUUAUGGAAAAGAAUUCUAUUCCCUUUGUUUGUGAGGACUUAAUGGUUUGUUGUGGCUUUGGUCAUGAGAAGGAAAAAGGUGUCAAGAUUAUUGAUCUUGAUUUGACGUGCGGAGAUAUUAUUGUCAGCCUUAAUGAAAGCCUCUUUUCCAAGACUAGUAAAAAAUUGGAGACCGCUAGUGAUUCAGACAUUAUUAGAGGUGCUACUUUGGAUGCUAUGUCAACUAAGAAGUCUUCAACGAGUAAAACUUUCCUCUCAUCAAUAAAGAAGCAAAUGUUUGUAUUCCCCGAAAAGGUUAGCUUCAGUGUGCCGAAACUUGAUGUGAAGUUCAUGCAUCUGGGUGAAGGACUUAUUGUUGAAAAUAAUGUUACUGGUAUCUAUCUCAAUAGUACUAAAUCCAAAUCACAUGAUGAUUCAGAGGAGACUGCAUUUCAUUUUGAUAUUCAGAUGGAUUUGAAUGAGAUUCAUUUGCUCAGAGAAGGUUCAACUUCUAUCUUGGAAAUUCUAAAAGUUGCUGUUAUCACUUCGGUAGACGUUCCAAUGGAACCACUUCUACCUGUUAGAGCUGAGGUUGACGCCAAACUUGGUGGUACACAAUGUAACCUUAUUGUUAGCAGACUGAUGCCAUGGAUGCGACUGCGCUUAUCAAAUAAGAAGAGAAUGGCUCUUGGCAAGGAGAAUUCUCACCUAGAAAAGUCUCAGACAAGAGAUAUUAAACCCGUCAUGUGGACAUGUACUGUCUCAGCCCCAGAGAUGACUAUUGUUCUAUACAGCCCUAAUGGAUCUGCAUUAUACCAUGUUUGUUCUCAGUCUUCUCAUUUAUUUGCAAAUAACAUAGCAAGCAAGGGGAUUCAAGUACAUACAGAACUUGGUGAACUGCAUUUGCACAUGGAAGAUGAAUAUCAAGAAUUUUUGAAAGAAAAUGUAUUUGGUGUUGAAACUUAUUCGGGUUCUCUUAUCCACAUCGCCCGUGUGAGCCUAGAUUGGGGACAUAGAGAAAUCGAGCCACAAGAAAAGCCUGAAUUAGUUCAAUUGGCACUGGUAUUUUCUGUUGAUAUUAGUGGUAUGGGAGUUCAAUUCGGUUUCAAGCAUGUUGAAUAUCUAGUCUCCAACUUGAUGUCCUUUAAAACUCUAUUUAAAGGCCUGUCUACUAAAAGAGCUACAGAAAAUAUGGGACAUCCAAGUAAGAAGUCCGCAAAAAGGACUAAUUUACUGAAAUUAAACCUGGAAAAGUGUUCUAUAACUUACUGUGGUGAGACAAGUAUUGAAGAUGCAACUGUACCAGAUCCAAAACGUGUCAAUUUUGGUUCUCAAGGUGGCGAAGUUGUAAUUAGUGUUUCUGCUGAUGGCACGCCUCGCGAAGCAGGCAUUACUUCAACCCUCCCUGGUAAUUGCAAGAAGUUGAAAUUUUCCACAUCUCUAGUUAUCUCCCAUUUACUUAUGUGCAUGAACAAGGAAAAGAAGUCGACCCAAAUAGAAGUCGAAAGAGCAAAAUCAAUCUAUGAAGAAUAUCCUGAAGAGCAUCAACCUGGCGUUAAAGUGACUCUGAUUGAUUUGCAAAAUGCUAAAAUUGUUCGCCGAUCCGGUGGCCCCGCGGAUAUUGCUGUGUGUUUGCUUUUCAGCGCCACUGAUAUAACUCUCAGGUGGGAACCUGAUGCACAUUUGGCACUAUAUGAGUCUCUUACCCGUUUGCAGUGUUUAUUACACAAAACCAAGUUUAAGAGGCCUGACAGCAAAUCGAAUUCAGAAUCAGUUGAACAUUUUGAUCAAGUGGGACAAGAUAAGAAUAAUGGUAAAAGGGAGUCAAUUUUUGUUGUUGAUGUGGAGAUGUUAAGAAUAUCUGCUGAAGUUGCGGAUGGGGUCGAAGCAAUGAUUCAAGUGCAAUCUAUAUUCUCCGAGAAUGCCAAAAUAGGUGUACUUCUUGAAGGGCUAAUACUCAGUUUUAAUGGAGCUAGGGUUUUUAAAAGUAGCCGCAUGCAGAUUUCCUGUAUCCCAGUUUCACCUGGCAGCAUUAUUGAUGCAGAGUCGACAACAAAAAGGGAUUUGGUUAUUCAAGGACUUGACGUUCAUAUCUGCAUGCCCUUUAGGUUGCCUUUACGUGCCAUCGAAGAUGCUGUCGAAGAUAUGCUACGAGGCCUAAAGCUUGUCACCGCUGCUAAAACUGAUCAAGUACUUGCCACUAAAAAGGAAAAUCUAAAAAAGCCAAAGGCCAAAUCACCAAAGUUUGGGUCUGUAAAAUUUGUCAUACGUACGCUCACAGCUGAUAUUGAAGAAGAGCCUAUACAGGGUUGGCUUGAUGAGCAUUACCACUUGAUAAAGAAAGAAGUUUGUGAGUUAGAUGUUCGACUAAAGUUCCUUGAUGAAGCUAUCUCAACUGGAAAUAAAGCUUCAGGAAGUGCAGAUCCAAAUGAUGUGCGUUCAGAAAGAAAUAAGUUAUUUUAUGAUGGGGUUGACAUUGAUGUUCAUGAUGCAGCUGCUGUUCAAAAGCUACGAGAAGAAAUCUAUAAACAAUCAUUUCACUCAUAUUAUCAGGCGUGCCAGAGAAUAAGGUUUGCGGAAGGAUCGGGUGCUUGUUCAAGAGGCUUUCAAUCUGGCUUCAGACCAAGUACUCGCAGAGCUUCUCUUCUCUCACUUCGUGCAACUGAACUGGAUGUAUGUUUGACUAAAAUCGAAGGUGGUGAUUAUGGAAUGGUUGACUUUAUAAAGAACCUCGACCCUGUUUGCCGAGAAAAUAACGUACCAUUCUCCCGAUUAUAUGGAAGAGAUAUUUGUGUAAAUGCCGGGUCUUUAGUUAUCCAACUAAGAAAUUAUACUUUUCCACUAUUUUCUGCAACUUCUGGUGGAUGUCAAGGUCGUGUUGUCCUCGCUCAACAGGCAACAUGUUUUCAGCCUCAAAUACUUCAAGAUGUAUUCAUUGGAAGGUGUCGCAAAGUGCGCAUGCUACGCUCGGCUAGUGGAACCACUCCACCGAUGAAACUGUACUCAAACUUGCCUAUAGAUUUCCACAAAGGUGAAGUGUCUUUCGGAGUAGGCUAUGAACCUCCUUUUGCAGAUUUAAGUUACGCAUUUGCAGUGGCCUUACGCAGAGCUAACCUUAGUAUAAGGAAUUCCAAUUCCUCUUCUUCGAAGGACCAAAUUGCAAAUUUCGUUUCAUCAAACCAACCGCCUAAAAAGGAACGCAGCUUACCAUGGUGGGAUGACAUGAGGUACUACAUCCACGGUAAGAUUGUUUUGUCUUUCAACGAGACUUCAUGGAGCUUUCUUGCUACAACAAAUCCAUAUGAGAAUCUCGACAGACUUCAAAUCAUUUCUGAAUAUAUGAAAAUCCAGCAAACCGAUGGGCAUGUUGAUGUUUCCGCAAAGGAUUUCAAGAUGUACAUUAGCAGUAUAGAGAGCCUGACAAAGAAUUGCAGCUUAAAAGUCCCAUCUUAUGACAGGAGACCUUUUAUUUAUUCACCUGCUUUCUCCCUCGAAGUGGUCAUUGACUGGGAAUGUGAAUCUGGCAAUCCUCUCAACCAUUAUUUACAUGCCCUUCCUAUUGAAGGGGAACCUAGAAAGAAAGUUUUUGAUCCGUUUCGUUCUACUUCUCUCUCUCUGAGGUGGAACUUCUCUCUCAGGCCCUCUCUGCUGUCCUGUGAAAAGAAUUCUGCUUCCUGUUUUGGAAACAAUCUGACAGUAGAGAACACUGAAUUCCCAACCAUGAAUCUUGGGGCCCACGACCUUGCCUGGGUCUUCAAAUGGUGGAGCUUGAAUUAUAGCCCUCCUCAUAAGUUACGUUCUUUUUCUCGGUGGCCCCGUUUUGGGAUACCAAGAGCUGUGCGAUCGGGUAACUUGUCGCUUGACAAAGUUAUGACCGAGUUUUUCCUUCGGAUUGACGCCUCACCUUCUUGCAUUAAACACAUGCCUCUAGGUGAUGAUGAUCCAGCAAGUGGUCUAACCUUCGAAAUGUCAAAAUUGAAGUACGAACUUUGCUAUAGUCGUGGUAAGCAGAAGUUUACUUUUGAGUCUAAGCGUGGAUCUCUCGAUCUUGUUUAUCGGGGCCUUGACCUCCAUCAGCCGAAGGUGUAUUUAUAUCAAGAUAGUAACUCAUCUGCAGUUCGAGAUACUCAAACAAUAAAGGGUGGCAUAAUUAAUUUCACAGAAAAACAAAGAGAUGAUGGAUUUCUCUUAACUUCUGAUUAUUUCACAAUACGGAGGCAGUCGCCUAAGGCCGAUACUGCAAGGCUGUUGGUAUGGCAAGAAGCUGGCAGGAAGAAUCUUGAGACGACUUAUGUGAGGUUUGAAUUUGAAAAUGGAAGUGGGAGUGACCAUACACCAUCAGAUCCUAGUGAUGAUGAUGGAUUUAAUGUUGUAAUUGCUGACAAUUGCCAGCGUGUGUUUGUCUACGGCCUCAAGCUCCUAUGGAACAUUGAAAACAGAGAUGCCGUGUGGUCCUGGGUUGGUGGGAUAUCCAAAGCAUUUGAACCUCCAAAACCUUCUCCUUCUAGGCAGUAUGCUCAAAGGAAGAUGAUCGAGGAAAAACAGAAGCUUGAUGAGUCAAAAAUUCCUCUAGAUGAUAAAUCUGUGUCUUCUCCUUCUACGUCCCAUGUUGUUAGUUCCCCUGUAACUCAACCAGUUGAGAUUUCAGGGCCAGUUUCAUCUCAAUCUCCUUCAACUAAACUAAACAGCUCUUCCUUCGAUGUGGCUGUGAAGCAUGGCCAUAUUGAUGACUCAGAGGAGGGGACACUUCACUCUAUGGUGAACGUUAUUCAACCUCAAUUUAAUCUACAUUCGGAAGAAGCUAAUGGUAGAUUUCUUCUCGCAGCAGCCAGCGGCCGUGUCUUAGCUCGAUCAUUUCAUUCUGUUCUGCAUGUUGGAUAUGAGAUGAUAGAGCAGGCCCUAGGUACCACCAGUUUGAAGAUUCCAGAAUCACAGCCUGAAAUGACGUGGAAAAGAGGGGAGCUUUCUGUGAUGCUAGAACAUGUUCAAGCUCAUGUUGCACCGACUGACGUUGAUCCUGGUGCCGGACUUCAAUGGUUACCUGAGAUUCUAAGGACUUCACAGAAAGUAAAGCGCACUGGCGCCUUGCUUGAAAGAGUGUUUAUGCCUUGUGAGAUGUAUUUCAGAUACACGAGGCACAAAGGUGGUACAGCUGAUUUGAAGGUGAAACCACUGAAGGAGCUUACUUUCAACUCUUCUAAUAUUACCGCAACAAUGACUUCACGCCAAUUUCAAGUUAUGCUUGAUGUACUAAGCAAUCUUCUGUUUGCAAGACUUCCCAAACCUCGUAAAAGCAGUCUUUCAUACCCAUCUGAAGAUGAUGAAGAUGAUGAAGAUGUUGAAGAAGAAGCCGACGAGGUGGUUCCUGAUGGAGUUGAAGAGGUAGAACUUGCAAAGGUCAACCUUGAACAGAAGGAAAGGGAGAGAAAACUUCUACUUGAUGACAUAAGGAUCCUAUCAGAAACUGGUGAUAUUCAAGGUGAUGUUUCUCCAUCUUCAGACAAGGACAGUGAUCUGUGGAUGGUCGGUAGUGCAAAACCAGCACUGGUGCAUGUGCUGAAAAAGGAGCUUGUAAAUAUCCUGAAGUCUAGAAAAGUUGCAUCUUCUGCAUUAAGAACGGCGUUGCAAAAAGCUGCACAGUUACGCCUGAUGGAGAAAGAGAAAAAUAAAAGCCCUUCCUGUGCCAUGCGGAUUUCAAUGAGAAUCAACAAGGUUGUAUGGAGCAUGCUUGCAGAUGGCAAAUCUUUUGCAGAAGCUGAGAUUAAUGAUAUGAUCUAUGAUUUUGAUCGUGACUACAAAGAUAUUGGUGUUGCUCGGUUCACUACCAAGUCCUUUGUGGUGCGAAAUUGUUUGCCUAAUGCGAAGUCCGAUAUGCUAUUAUCAGCCUGGAAUGCGCCUCCUGAAUGGGGAAAGAAUGUAAUGCUUCGUGUGGAUGCUAAGCAAGGUGCCCCAAAAGAUGGAAGUUCACCUCUUGAACUUUUCCAGGUAGAGAUCUAUCCAUUGAAGAUACACUUGACUGAAACUAUGUACAGGAUGAUGUGGGAAUAUUUUUUCCCCGAGGAAGAACAGGACUCACAAAGGCGGCAGGAAGUUUGGAGAGUUUCAACCUCUGCUGGAUCAAGAAAGCUAAGAAAAAGCUUUGGCAGCACCGAAACAGCUUCUUCAAGUAGUCAUUCUACAAAAGAACCCGAUGCUCCUGGAGGAUUAAGUGCAGCUGCAGCGUCCUCAUCUAAUGGAGGUGUCAAUCAAGCUGCUUCUACUCAUGGUGAUAUUUCCCAAGUUUCAAAGUUGCAAAGCCUAAAGGCAAAUAUGGUAUGUGGCUCACAUAACGAGUUACGGCGAUCAUCUUCAUUUGAAAGAAUGUGGGAAGAAAAUGGCACCGAUUCUGCAGCAAAUGAUAUUAUACCACAAGCGAACUCUUUGAAUCUACCUUCAAAAAAUGGGCCCCUUAAUCCAACAACAGAGAACAAGCACGUGACAAAUGAUGCAGCAAGAAAUAGAGCUAAAGAUUCCAAAUCAGCCAGAGCUGGUCGCUUGUCUCAUGAGCAAAAGAAAGUUGCAAAAUCUCAGGAUGAAAAAAGAACUAGGACUCGGAAAUUGAUGGAAUUUCAUAAUAUCAAGAUUAGCCAGGUUGAACUGCUCGUUACUUAUGAGGGGUCAAGAUUCGCAGUUAAUGAUCUAAGGUUGCUGAUGGAUACAUUUCAUCGCGUUGAUUUUACUGGCACAUGGAGGAGACUAUUUUCACGAGUGAAGAAGCAUAUUAUAUGGGGGGUCUUGAAGUCUGUAACUGGCAUGCAGGGUAAAAAGUUCAAGGACAAAGCUCCAAACCAGAAGGAGCCACAUGGUAGUGCAGUUCCAGAAAGUGAUCUCAACUUUAGCGACAGCGACGGAGGCCUACCAGGGAAGUCCGACCAAUUCCCUGUGUCCUGGCUUAAGCGACCAAGUGAUGGGGCCGGUGAUGGAUUCGUCACCUCAAUCAGAGGACUCUUCAAUUCCCAGCGCCGAAAAGCAAAGGCCUUCAUACUGCAAACUGUGAGAGGCGAUGCAGAUAAUGAAUCACAUGGUGAAUGGAGUGAGAGUGAUGUCGAAUCCUCUCCUCCCUUUGCAAGACAACUAACGAUAACGAAAGCUAAAAAGCUUAUAAAAAGACACACAAAGAAGUUCCGUUCAAGGGGGCAAAAGAGUUCAGGUAUCACAAUCCAAAGGGAUUCCCUCCCAUCAACUCCAAGAGAGACGACGCCGUUCCAAAGCGAUUCUUCCGGUGCUUCAUCUUAUGAGGAUUUCCACGACUAGACGUGCGUGCUGUAAAGCCAACUGGGGUUUUUCUUAUAUCUAAAAUGGAGACACCAAACAAAUGCGGAUGUUGCAUAAUCGGCCCUUAAAUAUGCAAGGGCUUUAUUUAAAGCUGAAGAGAUCUCAUACCGACUAUCAAGAUUGAAGGUGGAGACAUUAUGGGCCGGAUUAGAAUAAUGGAGCCAUUAUCCGAAUGCUAAGGUAUGGAGAUGGCCUCUUUUUUGCUUCACUAGUUUGUUAAUGAUUCUUAGUCGUCUUUUUACUGUGUAUAUAUAUAUAUAUAUAUAUAUAUAUAUAUAUAUAUAUAUAUAUAUAUAUCUCUCUCUUACAACUAUUUGCUGGGUGCCAUAGCCCUUACUCAUAUAUGUUGUACUGCUGUGUAUAUAACUAAACCCCUUCAUAUGACAUUCCAGAAUUCAAUGAUUCUUAGAGCCUAACUAUUAUGAGAAAAUAAAUAUAGAAUCUCAAAAUCACUGCAUUUGUACUGUUUUGUGUACCUUUUAUAUUCAUCUAAUGUGCAAUUAUUCUACCUUUAUUUCUA